AUGGAACGCAAAAGAAUUGUCCACACGUUGGACACCCCAUUUUCUGUCGUCGAGUGGCCACAAAUAAGUCAAGAAGACCAAGAUGUAAUUUUGGAGCUCCUCUGCCAGUGCUCUCUGACUAACCUCGCCUUCAGUUUGCUUUCGCCUCUUGGGACUCAUCGAAGAUUAUUUGUCACGCCAUCAAAAGGCAUGAGAGAUCGAAAACGCAAGCGUGCCCAAGAUGAAGACCCUGUUCCCCCAACUCCGGAGCUUGCUGGAUACGUAGACGUGGGCCUGUCUCAUAUCUCCAGGACUCUCCAAACCAUGUCUGGCAAGGACGCGAAGCCGUACAGCGUCGUCUUCGUGGCCCGGUCUGGUCAGUCGUCCGCGUUUCACUGCCAUUUUCCCCAGAUGGUUGCGCUCGCUUCUCGGUCUCAGCCGCCAGAAAAGGCUGUCAGGUUGGUUGGUAUCUCCAAGGCAUGUGAGGACAAACUGAGCGCAGCCCUGGGCAUUCCUCGAGUUUCCAGCAUAGCUCUGCGAGAAGAUGCUCCGCAGGCCAAAGGUCUUGUGGACUUUGUGCGAGAGCACGUCAAGCCAGUUGAGGUUGCAUGGCUCAAAGAGGCCCGAGCAGGCCAAUAUCUCGACACCAAAAUCGACGCCGUGCCUACCAAGAUAGGCGUCAAGAAGAAGGCUUGA